AAUCUAUGUUUAAUAUAACAAACAUACAUGAAUUAUUAAUUUCGGUUGCCUAUCCUGACGUGAAGUUUGUUCUAUAGAACGUAUUUGACUCUGAUGUGUGCCAUAGAAAGUAUUUGACUAGCCACAAAAUUAAGGAAAUUAAAAGGGGUUAUUAAGGUGGGGCAUUUCGGCAAAGCCAUUUUCUUGCCGCUUGUUUCCUUUCGGGCAAUAAUACAGAGUAGGACCGGAAACAUUUGACAGCGAAUAGGAAGCUAACUAGCCGGCUAGCAGUCAUGUCGAGCAAAAAUAUAUUUCAGACAGAGUUAUCCCACAUUAUGGGGUUAUACGUUGAAACAACGGUUAGGGAGAUGGGGAGAAUCCUCGACGAGUGUGCUGCUGUUUUGGAGAAUGAAGAGAAUAGUUUACUGAAGAGAGAAAUGGAGCGUGUGAACACAACCAACACGAUACAUUUUGCGUCAUUCAUGGAAGUGUUGAGUGAAGGCUUGAUGGAGAAAAUGUCACUGCUGAUGAUGGUGGACGAAACGGAGGUAAUGGCUGUGGAGAACACUGGUGAGAGCUGCGGAGAAGAUGGGCGCUUCAGUCGGGAACUAGCAACACAAAGAGUAGCAGUAAAGGCAACAACCAAGAUGACCCUCUCUGUUACAGAUGAGGUGUCUUCUUCUGAGUCUGACAAUCCGGAGGAGGACCUUGACCUUGCCCCCCUGUCCUCACCUUCAUCGGACGAGGAAUGCCUAAUUGAGGUUGAUCCCAGUCAGCAUGCUGACCCAUCUGCAUCAGACCCAGAUAAACAAGGCCCAGCUAGGGAUGGAGAAGAUGUCCAAUGUGGGGAUUCAGCAGAUGCCUCACACCAAGGACCCCUCACCUGUUUCCAUUGUGGAAAAUGUUUCAAGAAGAAAGGGUUUCUGACGAGACACAUUCAGUCCCAUACAGAACCCUACAGCUGUUCUCCACGUGGGAAAGGUUUUGAUCUGGCCAAACGGCUUGAGGAACAUUCCGUUAAACAACGCAUAGAGAACACCUUCCGUUGUAACGACUGCAGUGCCGUGUUUCACCGUAAAUGUACUUUGCAGUCCCACUUGAAGGGUCACCUAACGGAGGAAACGGUCACAUGUACAGUUUGUGAAAGAAAGUUCCUAGGGAAAAAAAGACUGAAGUGGCACAAGUGCAAUGGACGGAAAAUAUUAAUCUGCUCAUCCUGCCCAGAGAUCUUAAAGACCAGAGAAGGGUUGUCUUAUCAUGAGGAGACACAUUCAGGGGAGAGGAAAUAUAGCUGUGAAACAUGCAGCAAAAUGUUCUUAACCACUGUGUCCUUAAAAACCCAUAUGAUGUCUCAUAAAGAGAAGGAUCACAGUUGUACUGUAUGUAGCCAACGUUUCAGCCAUGCACCUGCUCUCAGAAAGCAUAUGUUGGUCAUCCAUCCUGGAGAAAUGCCUGAAAAACAUUGCAUCUGCAGUGUGUGUGGUAGAUGUUUCGCCAAAAGGAACCAUCUGUAUAAACAUAUGAGGACACACAAGGAAGAGAGACCUUUUUCUUGCGACGUUUGUGGCAAGAAGUUUAAUUCUUCCGGUAAUCUCAGCAGACACAAGAGAACUCACACAGGCCAGAAAUUGUAUGGCUGUGACCUUUGUGAUAAAAGCUUCACCCAGUCCGGAACCCUGAAGACGCAUAAACUAAACACGCACACCGAAGGUGAAGAAAAGCCUUCUUUCAAGUGUGAGAUUUGUGGGGAUGUUUGUUCAAGUCGUUAUGCUCUAAAGAAUCAUAUGGUCACUCACACAGGGAAGAAACCGUUUCAUUGUAGCGUUUGUGGGAAAGGUUUCUUUAGCAAUCAUCUUCUUAAAGUUCACGUUCACAUUCACACAGGGGAGAAACCAUUUGAGUGUGAUCAAUGUGGGAAGAGGUUCAACCAGAAAAGUCAUCUGAAAUAUCACGAGCGUGUGCACACCGGUGUCAAAGCAUUCGUGUGCGACGUCUGUGGGAAGGCCUAUGCUAAUAGACAGAAUCUGAAGCUCCACAAGUGCAGCGCUUCUGCAAAAUUGUAGUUCUUUCGCGCCACAGCUAAUUAACCAUUUUUAUUUUUGAAUGGACUCAUUCGUUAAUGUUCCUCCAUGUGAAGUGAAAAUAGAAAGGAAAAUGAUUUGUCGUUCCUGUUGUUAUGACUGUGCUCCAUUCUGUGUCCUAGCACCAGACAGACGGUGCAGUAGCUUGCUCUUUAUCACAAUGUCACCGUGGGUCACUGUGGAUGUAUUGAUCCUGCUGAUUCUAAUAAGAGACCUUCAUAUUGUUGGAGUCUCUUAUUGAUUAUUUUUGUUGUGUACUCAUUAUCAAUCAAUAUUUCAGCUCAAUUUCCCAAUGUCAUCCGGUCGGCGUGUGUUUUGUUCACUGAGGUUGUUAUGAAUUUAACUUUCUUAGGCUGAUGUCUGUUUGCUUUGAUAUCAAGAUGAUAUCAAUGUUGUCCUGCUUAAAUAUACUUUUUUUGACAAUCAACAGAGAAAUCAGAUGACAGCAUUAGUGAUUUUUACCACAGCAUCAUUGGUUAGGCUUUAGAUCAAAUGUGUUUAUAUAGCCCUUCUUGCAUCAGCUGAUAUCUCUAAGUGCUGUACAGAAACCCAGCCUAAAACCCCAAACAGCAAGCAAUGCAGGUGUAGAAGCACGGUGGGUUGGAAAAACUCCCUAGAAAGGCCAAAACCUAGGAAGAAACCUAGAGAGGAACCAGGCUAUGAGGGGUGGCCAGUCCUCUUCUGGCUGUGCCGGGUGGAGAUUAUAACAGAACAUGGCCAAGAUGUUCAAAUGUAAAUACAUUUCCAGCAUGGUCAAAUAAUAAUAAUCACAGUAGUUGUCGAGGGUGCAACAAGUCAGCACCUCAAGAGUAAAUGUCAGUUGGCCUUUCAUAGCCGAUCAUUGAGAGUAUCUCUACCGCUCCUACUGUCUCUAGAGGUCGACCGAUUUAUGAUUUUUCAAUACCGCUUUAUGAUUUUUCAAUACCGAUACCGAUUACUGGAGGACCAAAAAAAGCCGAUACCGAUUAAUCGGCCAAUUAUUAUUAUUAUUUUUUUUUUUUUUUUGUAAUAAUGACAAUUACAACAAUACUGAAUGAACACUUAUUUUAACCUAAUAUAAUACAUCAAUAAAAAUCUAUUUAGCCUCAAAUAAAUAAUGAAACGUGUUCAAUUUGGUUUAAAUAAUGCAAAAACAAAGUGUUGGAGAAGAAAGUAAAAGUGCAGUAUGUGCCAUGUAAAAAAGCUAACGUUUAAGUUCCUUGCUCAGAACAUGAGAACAUAUGAAAGCUGGUGGUUCCUUUUAACAUGAGACUUCAAUAUUCCCAAGUAAGUUGUUUUAGGUUGUAGUUAUUAUAGGAAUUAUAGGACUAUUUCUCUCUAUACAAUUUGUAUUUCAUAUACCUUUGACUAUUGGAUGUUCUUAUAGGCACUUUAGUAUUGCCAGUGUAACAGUAUAGCUUCCGUCCCUCUCCUCGCUCCUACCUGGGCUCGAACGAGGAACACAUCGACAACAGCCAUCCUCGAAGCAGCGUUACCCAUGCAGAGCAAGGGGAAUAACUACUCCAAGUCUCAGAGCGAGUGACGUUUGAAACGCUAUUAGCGCGCACCCUGCUAACUAGCUAGCCAUUUCACAUCGAUUACACCAGCCUAAUCUCGGGAGUUGAUAGACUUGAAGUCAUAAACAGUGCAAUGCUUGAAGUACAGUGAAGAGCUGCUGGCAAAACACAAGAAAGUGCUGUUUGAAUGAAUGCUUACGAGCCUGCUGGUGUCUACCUUCGCUCAGUCAGACUGCUCUAUCAAAUAUCAAAUCAUAGACUUAAUUAUAACAUAAUAACACACAGAAAUACGAGCCUUUGGUCAUUAAUAAGGUCGAAUCCGGAAACUAUCAUUUAGAGAAGAAAAAAACGUUUAUUAUUAUCGCAUAUACCUUGAUUCUGCAUGCAAUGAACGCAAGAGAAGUGACACAAUUUCACCUGGUUAAUAUUGCCUGCUAACCUGGAUUUCCUUUAGCUAAAUAUGCAGGUUUAAAAAUAUAUACUUCUGUGUAUUGAUUUUAAGAAAGGCAUUGAUGUUUAUGGUUAGGUACACGUUGGAGCAACGACUCCUUUUUCCGCGAAUGUGCACCGCAUCGAUUAUAUGCAACGCAGGACACGCUAGAUAAACUAGUAAUAUCAUCAACCAUGUGUAGUUAACUAGUGAUUAUAAUUGAUUGAUUGAUUGUUUUUUAUAAGAUAAGUUUAAUGCUAGCUAGCAACUUACCUUGGCUUCUUACUGCAUUCGCGUAACAGGCAGGCUCCUCGUGGAGUGCAAUGAGAGGUAGGUGGUUAGAGCGUUGGACUAGUUAACUGUAAGGUUGCAAGAUUGAAUCCCCGAGCAGAAUCUGUCAUUCUGCCCCUGAACAAGGCAGUUAACCCACCGUUCCUAGGCAGUCAUUGAAAAUAAGAACGUGUUCUUAACUGACUUGCCUAGUUAAAUAAAGGUGUAAAAAAAAAAAACGGCCAAAAAUACAGAUUUCCGAUUGUUAUGAAAACUUGAAAUCGUCCCUUUGCCCUAAUUAAUCGGCCAUUCCGAUUAAUCGGUCGACUUCUACUAUGGACCCUGGUUGAAAAGCGGUGCACUAUACAGGAAAUAGGGUCCCACCUGUAAAGGGAAAGGAAAGGGGGAAACUGAAAUUUGUCUUCCGUAUUUAACCCAACCUCUCUGAAUCAGAGAGGUAAGGGAGGGGGGGGCUGCCUUACUCGACAUCCACGUCUUCAGCGCCCGGGGAACAGUAGGUUAACUGCCUUGCUCAGGGGCAGAAUGACAGAUUUUUACCUUGUCAGCUCUGGGAUUCGAUCCAGCGACCUUUCAGUUACUGGCCCAAAACUCGAACUACUAGGCUACCUGCCGCCCCUACACUUUAACUACUAGGCUACCUGCCGUCCCUACACUCUAACCACUAGUCUACCUGCCACAGUCCAUGUGCUGUAGUGGGUUUGAUUUCACUAGAUACAAUUUCAUAUCUUCCUAUUGUGUCCUCCUUCUAUGGGACCGGCUAUAUGUAGCUGCACAGAGGGAAAUUAUUAAAAACGAACUACUUUCUCAGACUCUCUGUGACACCGUUUCUAUGAACGGAACACACAGAGGCUGCAUUUUUCGGUGGUACCAUUUGCUCCACCGAAGACAUAAAAAAUAGUGCAGCAUAAAUACUGGAGGCUGAGACAGGAGGGGUCAGGAGACACUGUGGCCCCAUCCGAUGAUAUCCCCGGACCAGGCCAAACAAGCAGGAUAUAACCCCACCCACUUUGCCAAAGCACAGCCCCCACACCACUAGAGGGAUAUUUUCAACCACCAACUUACCAUCCUGAGACAAGGCCGAGUAUAGCCCACAAAGAUCUCCGCCACGGCACAACCCAAGGGAGGGCGCCAACCCAGACAGGAAGAUCACGUCAGUGACUCAACCCACUCAAGUGACGCACCCCUCCUAGGGAAGGCAUGAAAGAGCACCAGUAAGCCAGUGACUCAGCUCCUGUAAUAGGGUUAGAGGCAGAGAAUCGCAGUGGAGAGAGGGGAACCGGCCAGGCAGAGACAGCAAGGGCGGUUCGUUGCUCCAGAACCUUUCCGUUCACCUUCACACUCCUGGGCCAGACUACACUCAAUCAUAUGACCCACUGAAGAGAUGAGUCUUCAGUAAUGACUUAAAGGUUGAGACAAAGUCUGAGUCUCUCACAUGGGUAGGCAGACCAUUCCAUAAAAAUGGAGCUCUAUAGGAGAAAGCCCUGCCUCCAGCUGUUUGCUUAGAAAUUCUAGGGACAAUUAGGAGGCUUGCGUCUUGUGACCGUAGUGUACGUGUAGGUAUGUACGGAAGGACCAAAUCGGAAAGAUAGGUAGGAGCAAGCCCAUGUAAUGCUUUGUAGGUUAGCAGUAAAACCUUGAAAUCAGCCCUUGCCUUAACAGGAAGCCAGUGUAGGGAGGCUAGCACUGGAGUAAUAUGAUCAAAUUUUGGGGUUCUAGUCAGGAUUCUAGCAGCCGUAUUUAGCACUAACUGAAGUUUAUUUAGUGCUUUAUCCGGGUAGCCGGAAAGUAGAGCAUUGCAGUAGUCUAACCUAGAAGUAACAAAAGUAUGGAUGCAUUUUUCUGCAUCAUAGAUAAAAGUAUUCUGUAUAAAUAAUGCAUAAACCAAUGACUCUGUAUUCAUUUAUCCUCCAAGUCAUACUGUAUUAUCUCUCUCAGCGUGCUAUGAGUACAAUGGGGUUCUAUAAGAUCUCUGGCAAUAUAUUAUACUGAACAAAAAUCUAAAUGCAAUAUGCCUCCCGGGUGGCGCAGUGGUCUAGGGCACUGCAUCGCAGUGCUAGCUGCGCCACCAGAGUCUCUGGGUUCGCGCCCAGGCUCUGUCGCAGCCGGCCGCAACCGGGAGGUCCGUUGGGCGAUGCACAAUUGGCAUAGCGUCGUCCGGGUUAGGGAGGGUUUGGCCGGUAGGGAUAUCCUUGUCUCAGUAUGUAAAAAAUGUAAUAAAAUGUAUGUACUCUACUGUAAGUCGCUCUGGAUAAGAGCGUCUGCUAAAUGACUAAAAUGUAAAAAAAAAAAAAAUGUAAAGUGUUGGUCCCAUGUUUCAUGAGCUGAAAUAAAAGAUU